UUUUUCUCCCAGUACUUUGACAUGCAUCAAUGUACUGUACAAGUACAUGUACAGUCAUCUAUCCUAUAUAAUGUUUUGGUUAUUCGGAAGUUCGAAAAAUACCUCGAAAUCUGCCCCUUUUUCUCCCGAUGGGAAGGUGGGGGAUGAUCCAAUAAAUAGCCCAUUCCUUGAUCAGAAAGUGUUUGGGGGAUAUACCCGUCACUCCUCAGGAUUUGGGCCCCUUCGAUGAUUGUCUAACCAUGGUCUAACUUUUGUGGUCUCGGCCGGCAAUCAAGCGGUGAAAUAGUGGUUCCAAUUUACAGUUGUGCUAAGUGCAGUGUAGAUGGUGCUGGAGACUGGAGGUGAUGUGUUAACACGAACUGCAAGCUGGAAAUAGUCAGCGGGAUACGAAGACAUUAUCAUAUGUAUCACAGAUCACGUUCGUUUCACACGCAGCUCAGCUAGUAGACCGUCACAACACGCAACGGAUCCGAUAGUGACGUGUAUUACGGAUUUGGGACAUUGCGAAAGCCUGGGCCCAGCAUUUCUACCCCGCCCGUUUUGCCCAAAUUAUCACCAGCGAUGAGCUAUAAAAUGGAAGAGAGUAUCGAUGUGUCGUGAUUUUAGUAUCAUCGUUUUUAACAACGGAACCGGCCGUAUAUUCAUUACUGAUUUGUGAGUGAAAAACCGGCAAUGGACUGUGGCUAGUGGUGCACUGCAUGCGGAAGUAUCUCAGGCACACUGUUCAUCCAAACAAGCUACACACGCGGUACGCUGCGGUGUUGCGACUGAACACGUAACCAGCUGGUCAAAGCUUGCUCGGCACCAAAUGCAUUGAUUUCUACUCGAAUAGUAACAGCCACUCUUCCCGCGGGAUUUUUGAGGCUGGAUCCCGCAGACCAAGCCAAGAAAAGUCAGCUUGUGCGACUGUGAAUUGCACGAUGCACCGUGGGAAAACGAAAACUUCGAAGGUGAUUCUAGUGUUUCUGCUCGCCUAAGCUCCACUGGCAAAUCGGAUAGUUGAGUAAAGUUUGGCCGGAGAUUUCACUAGGAAAGAAGUAAUCAUCUUCACUCGAGAGAAUUAUCUGAUUCAUCUGUCUCCAGGUUAUAAUAUAGGCCACCUCGCAGUCAGCAGACAUCAUGGGGGCGAAGUCGACCAAGAUGGGCCAUGUUAUGGGCAAACUCUCGGACUUCCUACACGUAGAUUGCCGUUUCUCCAUGAGCGGGGACAAGGAAUCGCGCAUUCUCAUCCUAGGUCUCGAUGCGGCCGGAAAGACGACUAUCCUGUAUCGCGUCAAACUGGGAGAGGCGGUCACCACUAUCCCCACCAUAGGCUUCAACGUGGAAACAGUCACUCCCGUGCCCAACGUCACCCUUUGUGUGUGGGAUGUUGGCGGACAGCAGAAGGUGCGAGCGCUAUGGCAACAUUACUUCUGUGAGACUCACGGACUUAUUUUUGUUGUAGACAGUGCCGAUAGAGGGCGUCUCUGGGAAGCAAGAGACGAGUUGUUUCGAGUCGUCAACAACCCUCACAUGACGAAGAGAAUUCCAGUCCUCGUUUUGGCCAAUAAGCAAGACUUACCAGGUGCCUACAAUGCAGCCCGCGUUUCUGAGGUGAUGGAUCUGCAGGCUUUGUCCGAGAACCACCCUUGGCAAGUGAUUGAGACUCAGGCCAGCACAGGGGAAGGACUCCACGAAGCCUUCAAAACUAUGGCCAGAAUGGUCAAGCAGUUCCACAAGGACUCUAGCAAAGCGGACAUUGCGAGUUCAAAAUCCGGAGACGCAACGGAGGUCUGAUGACCACUGCGUCGGUGGCGCCAAAGUAAAACAAAAAAUGGCAUUGCUUAAAAGUGCUCUUCAGUGUUGGUGCUAUUUUGAACAUAGUGCACGUUGUCAGAUAAGUUAUGAGGACUGCACCGCUAGAUGAUAAUGCAUACACCAUCCAAUCAAAAUGACAGUUGGGUGAGACAGGCGGAAGAAUGUAGUUAUAAUGAAAGCCGUGCGCUGUUGGGAUAUAUUUGGUCAUGUAUAGGCCUAUGUAACAUGGAUCGGGAUGGCGAUCAAAGUGAAGAUUGCAGUGAGCAUGGCCCAUUGAGACAUUGUAAGCAAGAGGUUCACGUUGGAAGGCUCGAAGUCGGUCGGAUGUUGUGACUUCCGCUCGUCGUCGCUCCCGCCGGCAGACAAGAACUGUGCUGAUCUGCAGUGAAAUAACUAAAUGUCCGUAUAACCAUCUUGAAGAUGAUAGGAAUCUUCUUCGCCAUUUCGUUUGUGGAAAGGAUUUAUUGAAAGAGGAGACUAUCCUUGUGGAAAAGGAUAGUGUUGUCGCAAUAUAAGACUAUACGUUUAGCUUUGUAGGCCUACGUGUUUAACAGAAUGAGCUGACGCUUUUGGAUGGAAGAAUUCUUCAUAAUAACUGACCAGCAACCAUAUUUAUUGUCAGGCAUGUAAACCUGCGGUGGUCACUGUAUCAUCUAAAUUGUCUAAAAUUGAGUCAUGCAACACAUCCUUUUAGGAAAUAAACAUGUAAAUCCGUCUGUUCUUGUGGUCUGCCUACCUGCCCCCAAAAGCCUUGCCUGCUUGCUGUGUAUACACGAAAUAUCUCGAAACGAACGGAAAUAAGCUCAUAAUAGGUUUUACGUAUUUAGAUUCCCACCAAUUUUCGGUUUUUUUUCCGAAGGUAGUGGUUUUUAAUUGAGAUUUUCCUGGUGUGCCUGAUUGUAGUUUAUCUCUGGCAAACUGCAGGGGUUGACUGCAGAUGGUAAUUAUGUGAGAGUUAAUUAAAUGUCAGAUAUCAGCUCACUCAGCUGUUCAAAGUCUUUGCGAGAUGCCGCUGAUAAAUGAUAAUUCGAAGAUGGCAAUCAAAGAUGGCAGCGUUAAUUAUUAUCCCAGUUGUCACAGUGGUAUAUUUAGCGGUGUGCAUUCGGUUGAUUUAAAAUGCGUGCAGUGAGCAAAUGAACAUUUCGGUUGCCCUAGCCAGUAUGUUCCGAGGGGCACAUUCAAAGCCACGGAAACAACUAUGGCCAAGUUUGUGCUUGUUGUUUUUUUACCUGAAGCUGACUUAUCAGACAUGCACUAUGACAGAAGAUUAUACAAUGCACCUACAUGCCUUUGUGCAAUACGUAUUUGGCGGCAGCCGACGCCCAUUGGGAAAGAUUACUACGGUGUUCCCUCGCAUAGUUUUGCUUAAGAUAUCAAGUGCGUAUCUGAAAUAGACUUCUUUCGUUUACGGCCAAGUCUUAUUUGUCUUUGGCCUGCAUUACUGACUUGUAAACAAACUAUGGCUGACAGUUAGUACAAACGCAAAAGAAUAAUCCACAGUGUUAGAAAAUUGCACGCAGCCAUGAAAGCACCAAACUAGUAUAUACAGUACAUGUACUUAUACUUAAUCAGUCAAAAUAAUUAAGGUCCCUUUUUAAAUGGGGGGGGGGAACUCUGCAUUUUGAAGUGACCCUUCCACCAACCAGGGUGAUAUUUCUACAAACCUUGGCAAUCCAUAUGAAUAAUAGGCAAUUUGAAAGUGGUCUCUUAAUCCAUUUCGUCAUCUUUCAAGUUAAAACUUCAUUUGCUUAUGGCAUGUAAACUGCAGAAACUGCACAAGUACAUGUAUACCUAUGCACAGAAAAAAAUUAUACUGUUCUCAUGUGCAAAAUACAUGUAUAACAUAUGAUACAAUCAUUUUACCCUAAAUUCCCGUAUUAUAGUCGUAAUUUUUCAAGCAAAUCAUUCUGAUCUGUGGAAUAUUUUUGUAUAUAAAUGGACUCACGAUAUUGUAAUUGCAGUACCUGCUAUCAGCGGCCCCACUGUAUCUUAGUGUUACCUAUUUUUUGUAUAAAUUGUGUAAUGUGGGGUUUUAAUCUUCGAAACCUCGAUGUCACAUUUUAAUUCAUAGCAAAGUAACGUCUGUUGUGUAUAAUAUGACAUGAAAUAUAUUUUCUCAAGAACACCCCACGCGAUGAUGGUAUACUGGCGUAACAGUAUUUAUUGUUUAAAGAAAACGACAUAUAAAUUCAGUUUUAGACAAGAAUAGGUAAAAAUCCGGCAGUUUUAAUUAAACGAAAAUAGUUACGCGUGGGCCUAUAUUGUUUGAAAAUCAAAGCCAACUUUAACAAAAGGUCACCAUGUCGUUAAUGAUGCGGGUGAUUAUUCCAUGUUCACCGAAUAUAUGAAAACGGAAUGUGUUGAAAGGUCUGCAACAAUGGGAGUAUUGUUAUAACAAUGGUGACCUCAAAACUUUAAAGAAUUUUAAGCGAAGUCUCCUCCAGGUUGCGAUGCGUCAAACAGAUACAAAUCCAAAGUUUGCAAAAGCAGAUCUGCAUUGUCAAAAAGCAAUAUUUGGCAUGGUUUUGAAACAAGUUUGAAAUAGCUGUUACUUACGCGCUUUUUGCAAGUGAACGGUAUGUAUCUAUUUUUGUGCAGUAUUUUACUACGAAAAGAGUGUGAUGUCGAGUUGUUUCACAGUAUAGCGAUCCUGAAUAGAAUUUAAAACGUGAUGAAAGUCACCGUCGAUGCAAGAUUUAUCAUGUUUUAAUACCUCAAAGCUGAAGUCUGAUUAUUUUGUAUUUAUGUAUUCAGAAGGAGCGACCUGCUUUCAGUUUGUGUAUUUAAGCGCUUCAUAACCAGUGAAAGUUAAAAAGAAAAUUAUAAUAUGUAAUUUGAUUUAUCAUGUUUUGGGGGACAGCUUGGACUUUGAAAGUUUCGACCCUUGCACUUUCAGUUUAACUUGGACAAAUGCAUUAGCCUGGCGUUUUGCAAAAGUUCUAUUGUUUGCGCAGAGCGCUUUGAGGUGAGCGUGUGCUCUUUAAUAAUUCUGUACACAUACUUGAGUUACAGGCUUUUAUUCUUUUAUGUUAUUUAUUAACUUAUUAUUUGUUAUAAAUAAGAACUCUUGGAUUACAUGGUUGGACACUUUUAAGCCACCAUCCAUGGAAAGCUCGAGACUGAGGCAACGCCUUCCCAAGUUGUCUGUCAUGUUAUCCAAAACUGUGAUUACUGGUUUAUGUAAUUAUGUUCACAUUAUAAAAGUAAGCAUGGGAAUUCAUUGUUUUGUAUAUAAAAUGUCAAAGAAUUUAUACAGAAUAUCAGUAAUUAUUCCAAUGUUUCUCUCAUUUCACUGUGCUCCUUUGUUUUAUUGUGAGAUUAAUAAUUCAUAUUAAAAAGAAUCAAAAACGACGAACCAGA